CACUCAAAGCCACAGAUUUGGUGCAUUCAAAGACUUUGACUUUUUUUGCACUUGAAGUUGAACAGAGCAGUUCAUGUUCAAGGUCGAGAAGAGUUUCUCUUGACUUGUCGAGCUUGUUUGGCUCCAUUUGCUGUCGAGUUUUAUUUCUUCUCGUCCAAGAUGUGGUGCCGACGUGCCUUGACGCUGAGAGGCCCCGGCCGCGGACUUGUGGGCGUUCGUUGCGCCACGAACGUGCCAGUGAGCCAGUUCGAGCCCAGCGCCAAGAUCAAGUACGAUGAGAAUUUGUCUACGUUGGAGGUGGUGCGCAAGAGGCUUAAUCACCCAUUGUCUCUGGCUGAGAAGAUCGUCUACAGCCAUUUGGAUGAUCCUCAGAACCAGGACAUUGCCCGUGGCGAGUCCUACCUGCGCCUGCGACCUGACCGAGUUGCCAUGCAGGAUGCCACUGCUCAGAUGGCUAUGAUGCAGUUUAUCAGCAGCGGUUUGCCACGCGUAAACGUGCCAUCCACGAUCCACUGUGACCAUCUGAUCGAGGCCAAGGAGGGUGCCGACACCGACCUGUCCCGUGCCAAGGAUGUCAACAAGGAGGUCUAUGACUUCCUGGCCUCUGCCAGCGCCAAGUACGGUGUCGGCUUCUGGAAGCCAGGCUCCGGUAUCAUUCACCAGAUCAUUCUGGAGAAUUAUGCCUACCCCGGUGUCAUGGUGAUUGGAACUGACAGCCACACUCCCAAUGGAGGUGGUCUGGGCGGUAUCUGUGUCGGUGUUGGUGGUGCCGACGCGGUCGAUGUCAUGGCUGGUCUGCCCUGGGAGCUCAAGUGCCCCAAGCUCAUUGGUGUCAAGCUGACCGGAGAGCUCAAGGGAUGGACUGCCCCCAAGGAUGUCAUCCUGAAGUUGGCUGGCAUUCUGACUGUCAAGGGUGGUACUGGUGCUAUCGUUGAAUACUAUGGACCCGGUGUGGAGUCUCUCUCAUGCACUGGUAUGGGCACAAUCUGCAACAUGGGUGCUGAGAUUGGUGCCACCACCUCCGUCUUCCCCUACACGGACAGCAUGGACCGCUACUUGAGAGCUACUGGACGUGCUGACAUUGCCGACCUUUCCACCGAGUACCGCAGCUCUCUGCUCACCAGCGACGAGGGUGCCAAGUAUGACCAGGUCGUCGAGAUCAACCUGUCCGAGCUUGAGCCCCAUGUCAACGGACCGUUCACCCCCGACUUGGCCCACCCUAUCUCCGAGCUCGGUGCCCGUGCCAAGCAGGAAGGCUGGCCCAUGGACGUCAAAGUCGGUCUGAUUGGCAGCUGCACAAACAGCAGCUACGAGGACAUGGGCCGCGCUGCCAGCAUUGCUAGACAGGCCCUGAGCAAGGGUGUCAAGGCAAAGUCUGGCUUCACCAUCACCCCUGGCUCUGAGCAGAUCCGUGCCACCAUCUCACGAGAUGGUCUGGAUGCUCCUCUCAAGGAGAUUGGUGGACAAGUGCUGGCCAAUGCCUGCGGACCGUGCAUCGGACAGUGGAACAGACAAGACAUCGUGAAGGGAGAGAAGAACACCAUUGUUACCUCGUACAACCGCAACUUCACCGGCCGAAACGACGCCAACCCAGCCACUCAUGCUUUCGUCACCUCCCCCGAGUUGGUCACAGCCAUGGUGCUCGGAGGUCGUCUUGACUUCAACCCACAGACAGACAGCCUCACUGCUGCCGAUGGCUCCCAGUUCAAGCUGGACAGCCCAUACGGUGAUGAGCUGCCAGAGAGAGGCUUUGACCGCGGUGAGGACACAUAUGAGGCACCACCAGCCAGCGGCGAGAGUCUGAGAGUGGACGUGGACCCGGCCAGCGAUCGCCUGCAGCUGCUGAACCCCUUCGACCGCUGGAACGGCAAGGACCUCGAGGACAUGGUCAUCCUGAUCAAGGUCAAGGGCAAGUGUACAACCGACCAUAUCAGCGCUGCCGGUCCCUGGCUGAAGUACCGCGGCCAUCUGGACAACAUCUCCAACAACCUGCUGAUCGCCGCCGUCAACUCCGAGAACGAGCAGCCCAACUCCGUGCGCAACCAGCUGACGGACGGCUUUGGCACCGUUCCCGACACUGCUCGCCACUACAAGGCCAAUGGUCAGAACUGGAUUGCGAUCGGUGACGAGAACUAUGGUGAGGGAAGCAGCCGAGAGCAUGCCGCCUUGGAGCCACGCCACCUCGGUGGACGUGCCAUCAUUGUCAAAUCAUUCGCCCGCAUUCACGAGACCAACCUGAAGAAGCAGGGUAUGCUUGCGCUUACCUUUGCCAACCCAGCUGAUUACGAUAAGAUUCAGCCAAGCGAUCGUGUUGCCAUCCGUGGCCUCCCUGAGUUUGCGCCUGGCAAGCCUCUCACAUGCGUCCUCGCACACGCUGACGGCUCCAGCGAAUCCUUCCCGCUCAACCACACGUUCAACGAGGCGCAAAUCGAAUGGUUCCGCGCUGGCAGCGCCCUCAACCGCAUGGCCGAAGUCUUCGCAAAGUAAACCGGAGGCCUACCUGUACCUGCUCUUGUCACCAACCGACACAGGCAGCAUUAAACUAGACAUCGCUGCACCAUUAUGCAGUUCUGCUCACUUCAGUACGUUUUCAUGCAAAUUUUCAAGAUUUUUCAACUUUUGUUCCUGUAGUAUGUGUAAGUCUAAUAAUGCGAGUUUCUUGUGCAUGCUAAGUUUAAUAGAGUUGUAUAAAUACGAAGCGGUAAAUGAAUAUAUUCUGAGAAUUA